UUUUUUUUUUUUUUUUUAAGUGUGUAUAUAAACGAGAGAGGCUUGUGUCAGUUGGCCAGUUGUGAAGACGCACCUCACCAAAGAGAGAUCAUCGCUUCAAGAUCAUCGAUCAAAUCAUCACUUCCGUCAUUAAGUAUUAAGUAUACGUCAGCUGUAAACAAAAUGGAACCAGCAAUUGAACCUGUGAUUUUGGCAAACUCCAAAUUCUCCAUUGACUUGUUAAAAGUGUUCUGUAAGCGCAACACAGACAAUGUGUUAUUCUCACCCCUGAGCAUCUCCUCUGCAUUGGGCCUGGUCCUCCUGGGUGCCGAGGGCGAAACUGCCGACCAGAUGUAUAAGGCCCUCCACUUUGGCAAAAUGAACAUUAUAUACCACGAUCUGUAUGAGGCGCUCUACAAAGGAGGGAGGAACAGAAGCCUGAAGCUGGUUAAUCGCAUGUUUGGAGAAAGCACAUUAAAUUUUUAUGAUGAUUUCCUUGAUAAAUGUGAGGAGUGGUGUUUUGCCAGCAUGAGGAAUAUUGACUUCAAGACUAAACCUGAUGCUGCGAGAGAAAAAAUCAACAUCUGGGUGAAGAAGAACACUGGGGAUCAAAUUGAGAAUUUGUUGGAUCAAGGAGGUGUGUCUGCGGACACAAGUCUUUCUCUAAUCAGCUUGGUGCACUUCAAGGAAGACUGGGGCAAGUCUUUCACACCUGUUGACACCAACAAGGAUAACGGAGUAAAAUGGCCAAUGAUGAAUCGGAACGAUGACUUCUAUAUGGGUAACAUCCCACACAGACAACACCUUCUUCCCACUGAAGCUCGGAUUCUGGAGAUCCCUUAUGCGAAAAAUGAUCUGAGUAUGCUCAUUAUACUCCCAAACAAGAAAGAUGGGAUACAAGAGUUGGUAGAAUCGAUCACUUAUGAGAAGCUUCUGGAGUGGACUGAGCCGGACAACAUGACUCUUUUCAAAAACAUGGAUGUUGAAAUACCCAUCUUUAAGCUGCAGGUGACCUAUGACCUGAAGGAUCCCCUGGAGGCUCUGGGCAUAAAGGAUCUCUUUAGUGAUAAGUGUGACUUAUCUGGCAUGGGGCCUGGACCGUUUAAGAAUUUCAUUGGUAUGCACAUUUCUAAUGUGGAGGUGGAUAAAACAGGCACAGAGAUAUGGGGAGGUAGUGGUGGAGAGGUGAAGAAGAAGUCAUUUGCUCAAAGUUAUAAAAGCACAGAGAGUUUCGUGGCAGACCACCCCUUCUUAUUCUUCAUCCGGCACAACCCCACCAAGAGCAUCAUCUUCUGGGGUCGCUUUAACCCUGAAUCUGAUCCGCAGAGCAGACAGUAGAACAGUGUGAUCUGUCAUAUUAAAAUACAGUACGCAGUGAUUAUAUUGCAUGUAUCUUCAUUUAAAAUUGAUUUGCUUGGAAAGUAUGCUGUAAACAAAACUCUGAAUACACAAAAUGUUUGAGUACUUAAACUGAAAAACUAUAAAUAAAGAAAGUCAGGCAUAAA